UUGAAGUGUGGUAACCGCUGGUCGCUGUGGCGGCUACCCCAGCCGCUGUCUCAUGUAUGUGUCCCUGUCCCGACUCUGGACAGGGUUUUAACUGUUAUUUACAAUCCGGUGGGAACAAGACCGCUGGUCAAUAUGGGGGGUAACAGCAGCACGACAAGGAAAGUGUCAUUCGGACUGGACGAAGACGAGAAGGUCACAGUAAUUGAAGGAGUGAAGCUCUCAGAGGAUGUGCUCCGGCGGAUGAGGGAAUCUCAAGGGUCUGACAGCGGCAAGCCACCAUCUCCGUCAGACAGUCACAAACCACCAUCAAGUUCAAAACCAACAGGUCCCUCCACUACAGAAAUACAAGAAGAAAUCCGCAAAAACUUUGAGCGUCAACAGGCCCUGGUGCAAGAGCAGUUGGCCCAACUGGCCCAGAGGGAGAGAGAGUCAGCAGCAACCACAGGCCUGGAUGAGCUAACCCCUGCCCUCAUCAUUGAGAAAGGAAAGGCCCGUGAAGAGAAAGAAAAGGCCAAGAUACUGGCCAGACAACUAGAACGGAGGGAGAAGGAACUGGCCAGCAUCUCCAGCUUCUAUAAAGAACAGCUAGAAAUACUGGAGAAAAAAAACGUUGACAACUACAAGCAGACGGCUGAACAGUACAACCAGGCAGCUUCUAAGGCAGAGGCUCACAUCCGACCUCGGCAGACUGCGUCUCUGUGCGCUGAGCUGCAGGCCAAGGUGCUCCAGUGCUACAGAGAAAACCCACAGCAGACCCUUCACUGCUCGAGCCUGGCCAAACAGUACAUGACCUGCGUCCAGCAAGCCAAGAGCUCGCUGACGAAUCACGGCUGAGAAACCUAAAGAAAGCAGGAAGAGGAGGGGAAGAAGUGAAGAAGGAGAGAUCGUGUCAAUCCCGUCUAUUUCUCGCCUCCCUCUGUCCUUCUUCUAUUCAUCCGUCCAUUUAUUUAUCCACCCUCACAGAAUAACCCACAUCCUCUUUCCUACUCACCGUCCUUCUUGGUUUUUGAGUGUAUUAUCUUGACAUGUCACUAUAGAGUGUAUGAUGUGUUGAUUUAUUGUCAAGUUGCGCAGGCACACUCCUGCCGUCGCUGAAAUAAAUCCCAGUGAUCCGGUGGUGAUGAGACUG